AUUUGGGCAGGCAGCAAUGGAGUUCUUGUCGCAGAUGUGGUCGCUGCUGGGACUCCUCACCAUCCUGCAGAACGUGCUCCCGACGCAGCUGCUCUCGCUCCUCCACUCGCUGUGGCAGUCGCUCCAGGACUCGCUCACGCCCUACUCCUACUUCGACGUGCCGGAGUUCCUCGGCUCCGCCGCCGUCGAGCCCAACGCGCUGUACCGCCACGUCCAGCUCUACCUCCACCGCUCCCUCCUCCUCUCCUCGCCGCCGCCUCCGCGCCUCACGCUGUCCCUGCCGCGCUCCGUCGCGGUCUCUGACGCGGGUGGUGGUGCGGCGGCGGCGGCGACGCCGUCCGUGUCGCUCUCCCCGAACCACUCGGUGGCCGACGCCUUCGACGGCCACCGCGCCGUGUGGACGCACCACGCCGACACGCUCCAGGACUCGCUCGAGGAGCGGAGGUCGUUCUCGCUGCGGCUGCCCAAGCGGCACGCCGCGGCGGUGCUCCCGGCGUACCUGGCCCACCUCGCUGCCGCGGCGGACCACCUGGAGCGCUCGUCGCGGGCCCGGAGGCUGCACACGAACGCGGCGUCCCCGCGCGGCGCCGCGACGUGGUCGUCGGUGCCGUUCUGCCACCCGUCCACGUUCGACACGAUCGCGCUCGACCCGGACCUCAAGGCGCGCCUCCUCGCAGACCUCACGGCGUUCGCCGACGGAAGGGAGUUCUACCGCCGGACAGGGCGGCCGUGGAAGCGCGGGUACCUCCUCCACGGCCCGCCCGGCUCGGGCAAGUCUUCGCUCAUCGCUGCCAUGGCGAACCACCUCCGAUACGACGUGUUCGACCUCGAGCUCACCCGCGUCGCCACGAACGCCGACCUCCGGGCGCUCCUCAUCCAGACCACCAACCGCUCGCUCAUUGUCAUCGAGGACAUAGACUGCUCCCUGCACCUCACCGGCGACCGCGGCCUCGCUUCCAAGAGACGGAACAAAAGACGCCGGCUUCACGCCACUUCCUCCGACGACUCGUCGGACUCUGACUCCGACGGCGGCGACAACCACCGCGCCAGGGUGACGCUGUCCGGGCUUCUCAACUUCACCGACGGCCUAUGGUCGUGCUGCGGCGAGGAGCGCAUCAUCGUGUUCACGACGAACCACGUGGACGGCAUCGACCCGGCGCUGCUCCGCCCGGGGAGGAUGGACGUGCACGUGCGCCUCGGCGCGUGCGGCGCGCACGCCAUGCGCGAGCUGGUCGACCGGUACGUCGGCGUGGAGGACCACGAGAUGCUGGACGCGGCGGAGGGCUGCAUACGCGACGGCGCGGAGAUGACGCCGGCCGAGGUGGGAGAAGUGCUGCUGAGGAACAGGGACGACCCGGACGCCGCGGUGACGGAGCUCGCCGUGGAGCUGAAGGCGAGGCAGAGCGCUGCCGACGAGCUCCAGUGGGAGGACUCGGCGGCGGAGCUCUCCGACGAGUCGCCGAGGAAGAAAGGGAGGAAAGGGUUGGGGUGGGAGGGCAAGGUUAGGAUCCUCGGACGGCUCAGGAGCCUCACCAAGUCGGAGUCCGGCCGGAGAGCGUUCAGUUCUCACAGGAUAAAAGCCCUCCCAUUGUCUUGGCCUGAUUGCGUCCAUUGCAACUCGCCAACUCGCAAGCACCUGCACCGCCUCUUCUGCAUGGCCGUCAUGGGAGACGCCGACGUGCGCGCCGUGGCCGACGAGCGCGACGGCGACGGCGACGGCGACGACGCUGGAGCAGCCACGACGGCCGCGCGGCUUGCCGACCUCUGCGCCUUGAUCGACUUCUACUCCGCCGAGGGGGAGGUGUGCGACGCGAGGGUCGCCUCCGUCUGCGCCACGAUGGACGAGCGCUACGCCACCGGCGGCGUGGACGCGAGCACCCUCUGCUACAGGCAGGUCGGCAGGAUCAGCGACGGCGGCUACGGCCGCGUCGUCAAGGCCAAGCACCGCCUCACGGGCCAGACCGUCGCCAUCAAGACGCUCCGCGAGGACCACGACGACGUCCGCAUGCUGCUCCGGGAGGCCUGCUUCCAGGCGGCCUGCCGCGGCCACCCAAACAUCGUCGGCCUCCACGGCGUCGUGCGCAACCCGCGCACCGGGAAGUACAGCCUCGUCAUGGAGUACGUCGGGCCGAGCCUGGCCGACGUCCUGGAGGACCGCGUCGAGCGCCGUGGCCGGGGCUACCUGGAGCCGGUCGUGCGGCGGACCAUGCGCCAGCUGCUGAGAGGAGCCAAGGCGAUGCACGACCGCCGCAUCGUCCACCGCGACAUCAAGCCCGGCAACAUCCUCGUCGGCAAGGACCGCGGCUCCGUGUCCGUGAAGAUAUGCGACUUUGGGCUGGCGAUGUCCACGACAGAGGCGUCGCCGCCGUACAGCCAGGGCGGCACGUACUGGUACAUGGCGCCCGAGGUGCUGCUCAGGAAGCCGGGCUACGGCGAGGUCGCCGACAUGUGGUCGCUCGGCUGCGUCAUUGCCGAGCUUUUCUCCGGCAAGGUGCUGUUCGAGGGAGACGACGCGGCGCACCAACUCCACAAGAUCUUCGAUGUGCUGGGUGUCCCAGGGAAGGAGACGCUCGAGGCCUUCAAGCCCAAGUCCAAGCUCCUAGCCCUCGAGGUCGAGCAAUGGCGGAGCGCGCGACAGCAGCAGCAGCCGGAGCAGUGCGCCAACCACCACGACCGCCUGCGCGAGCUCAUCCCGGAGAAGCUGCUGUCGCAGGACGGGUUCGACAUCCUGAAGGGGCUUCUCGCGUUCAAUCCCGACGAGAGGCUGACCGCGGCCGAGGCGCUCAGCCACCGGUGGUUCGCCGGAGCUGACCCUGAUGAGGGGUCUGCGCUCGCCGCUUUCCUCGCGAUGGUGGCAUGGCUAGUUUUCACGGCGAUUUGCGCUUGGGUAUUCGUUCGAGUAUACACUCUAUGGAUCAACUUUGAAGCAUGAUACAUCGAUGCCCCAAGUGUUGUCUUGAGUUGAUGUGUAGCAAAUAUGUGUUGCUGAGUAGUAGUAGUAGUAGUACCCAGUGUCCUGUACAGACAAUCG